AUGAAGUGCCCGAUGCGCGGACCACCGAAAGUGAUUGGAGCUGUUAAAAAAGCAAUGGCAGGUGAUCAUGUUGAACUCCUCUGCCCAGUGUUCGGCUAUCCUGACCGUUCGCCUCGGUGGGAGAAGGAUGGAGCACCACAUAGAGGUUUUUUUUCAGAUUCAUCGCCAUCGAUACAGUACGAUGGGAACAAUCUGAUAUUAGCGCAUGCUGAAGCGACAAUGAACGGUGUUUAUACUUGCAUUGCUGACAACUCGUUUCCAAUGUUCGUCGAUGGGCCAGCGAUGCCGCACCAAUUGAUCUUUGAACAAAAAGUCAUCAUCGAUUCUUAG